UUGCAGAAAGCGGUCGACCAAAGUACUUCCAACUAUCCCCACUUUACUUUGCCGUGGGAGUCGCUACCGGUUUUCACGGGGGUUUAAAUUCCUUUAAAUUAACUACCUCGGGGUACAAAUUCUUAUGAAUGUCUUUUGCGAGUCACUUGUGACUCCGCUGGAGCUAAUGUGUCAAGGCGGCCGAGCAACGGUUUCCAUUCGCGCUCUGUUAUGAUGGCUACUAGCUAACAGGCUAGCUGGUUCGUAGUAGUACUAGGGGCUUGAUGCUACUGUAACGAAGGCGACCAUUACGCUGAUAAUUCUUCCCAGGACUCUCUGUUAAAGCUAGCCGACAGCCGGGGCGUUGGCUAUCACGACAAGGAGCCUCCUGGGAUGUCACAAUAGCAUCAACACCCAGCGGAUUACUCAUCAUGCCGUUAGAAAUUGUGGAAUGUUUUCCUUCGCAAGAUAAUGCACGUCGCACCGCACUUGUACCGCUGAGAUCCUGAGUCCUGACAUCGGGAUUUCUCCUUCCGCCGCCAUUCUUGGAUGUCUUAUCUCGUCUGUGUCUUUUACUAAGACAUUAACUAUGUAUCUGCUGGCCGCCUGGCCGUGGUAAACGUUAGCGCGAAGUGGUGCGAACAGCGAAGAAAAACAAAACUCAAAGAAGGAAAGAGGGACAUCUACAACAUGGCUUCGGUUUGGAAGCGACUACAACGUGUUGGGAAGCACGCCUCCAAGUUCCAGUUUGUGGCGUCCUACCAGGAGCUCAUGGUGGAAUGCACCAAGAAAUGGCAACCGGACAAACUGGUGGUGGUUUGGACGCGUCGGAGUCGACGGAAAUCCUCCAAGUCUCACAGCUGGCAACCUGGCAUCAAAAAUCCCUACCGAGGUGUCGUGGUGUGGCCCGUACCGGAGAAUAUUGAAAUCACAGUCACGCUCUUUAAGGAUCCACACGCUGAGGAAUUUGAAGACAAAGAAUGGACGUUUGUCAUUGAGAACGAGUCCCCGUCUGGCCGACGCAAGGCCCUGGCCACCAGCAGCAUCAACAUGAAGCAGUACGCCAGCGCCAUGCCCACGCAGACGGACGUCAAGCUCAAGUUCAAGCCGCUUUCCAAGAAGGUCGUGUCGGCCACGCUGCAGUUUUCCCUCUCCUGCAUCUUCCUGCGGGAGGGCAAAGCCACCGACGAGGACAUGCAGAGCCUCGCCAGCCUGAUGAGCAUGAAGCAGGCCGACAUCGGCAACCUGGAUGACUUCGAGGAGGAGAACGAGGAGGAUGAGGAGAACAGGGUCAACCAGGAAGAGAAGGCGGCCAAGAUCACAGAGAUAGUAAACCAGCUGAACGCCCUCAGCUGCUUACAUGGCUACGAUGACGACGUCGACUAUGGCAUCGGCGUUCCUAAGCGAGCGCACAUGGCGGCCGCUAAGCCUGUCGCUUCCUCGCAAGAGCUGAUCAACAAGCUGAACUUCCUGGAAGACGUGGACCGCGAGACGCACCCGGCAAUGCUCGCUAACCCUUUUGACGAGCCCGGUGAUCACCUGCCCGAAGCCAACCACCUCAAUCCGUUCUGCGAUCCCGACGAGGACGAACCUCCUGAGCAGCCGUCUGCUUCACGGGCCAACGAAUCCUCCGAUGUCUCUAAUCCAUUCGACGAACCCACGGAGGAGCCCCGCGACGCAACAUCGGGGAACCCUUUCGAAGAGCCGGAGCGAGACGAAGUCAGCUCUCAGUCAGAGCCGGAGACCCCGAAGGCUCGUCCCAGGAAAGGGGCGCGGCCGGUCGACAUGAACAAGUACUUGUACGCCCACGUUGGACAAAAUGAUGAGGAGGAGCUUGAUGAGUCCAACCCGUUCUACGAACCAAGCCCCACGCAGAGCCCUGCUCUCCUGGACGCGGGCAGCAGCCAGAAGAAGAGAGCUCCCGCACCACCAAGCUCGUCGGGCCCCGGCCUCCAUCCCGCCACGCUUGCGCCUGAGAUCUGUUCCCGCCAGGACGGGGAGAAAAAAACCUUGCCGGUUGGGCCAAGCCCCGUGGCGUCGGUCAAGGGGAGAGAAAUGGCCUCCUCGUCCCCCAAGCCUAGCCCGAUCCCAAGCCCAAUCCUGGGUGGGAAGCCCAACGCCAGCCAGUCGUUGCUGGCUUGGUGCCGCGAGGUGACACGCAACUACCGCGGCGUGAAGAUCACCAAUUUCACCACGUCCUGGAGGAACGGCCUGGCCUUCUGCGCACUGCUGCAUCACUUUAGGCCCGACGCCAUAGACUACAAGUCGCUCAAUCCUCAGGAUAUUAAAGAAAACAACAAAAAGGCGUACGACGUGUUUGCCAGCCUGGGCAUCUCCCGCCUUCUGGAGCCGUCGGACAUGGUGCUGCUGGCCAUCCCAGACAAGCUGACGGUGAUGACCUACCUCUACCAAAUCCGGGCGCACUUCUCGGGCGAGGAACUCAACGUGGUUCAGAUCGAGGCCAACAGCAGUCGCAGUACCUACAAGGUGGGAGACUUUGAGACCGAUACCAACGCCUCCAUCGGUCAGGACAAGUUCUACGCCGAGCUCAACGAUGUGCAGCCGCAGCCCGUCCACGACGGCAUAUCUGAAGUUUCCAAAACCGCAGAAGUCCCGCCGGUGAAGGUUGAAAUCGCAGCGCCGUCGCCCACCUCGCAAACAGCGGCGCCCCAGCCGUCCUCGCCGCCUUUCCCGGCAGCCGUGACAUCAUCGGGGUCCAACCUCCUGAAAGCGAAAACUUUGGACCUUUCCGACCUACCGCAGAAGUCGGAUGCCGAAAGGCCGCAGCAAAGGAGCCAGGCCGCGGGAGAACAGAGCUCCUCCGUCACCCCUACGGGGGGUCAUCCCUCCUCUCUCUCGCCCACUCAUCAGAAACUCGGCUUCUCCUACAACAGGGACGCCGACCUCAUCAAAAAGAAGAGGGCCAGCCUGCGUCACUCCGAAUCGGAGCCCGUGUCCGACACCGGCGUGGCCGUCAAUCAUACGGAGGCGCUAACCAAACAGGAACCGGCACCUGCCCCUGUUUCCAGCCCUCCUAGUGAGAAGAAAACCUUAUCCCGCCAGGAGGAGCUGAAAGAGCGAGCCCGGCUGCUCCUGGAGCAGGCCCGCCGCGACGCCGCCAUGAAGGCCGGCAAUAAGAGCGUCCCCAACGCGGGCGUCGCCGCCACAACGGGCAGAGGCACCAAUGUCUGUGAUGAACAUGAUGCCGAGCGGCGGCGGCAGCUGCGUGAACGAGCCAGGCAACUGAUCGCAGAGGCUCGAUCCGGAGUCAAGAUGUCCGACAUGAACCUGGACGUGUCGGCCGGCAGCACUUUGAAGGGCGGAAAGUUUCCAAGCCUUGCUGCAGAUAUGUUGGAUGAUGGAGAAGAGGGUUGCCAUGGCGACGAUGGCUUUGAUAGUAGGAAGGGUGAGGACGUCAAUGUGAAGGGCGACUCUGUUGAGAGCGCAGCUUCUUCGUCUGACCUGGUCGCUAACCCACUGGAGGCGCCUCUAUCCAGCUGCAGCCGGGGGCCUCCGGAGCUUACUAACCCCAGCUCUGAGUUAUCACCCUCGGGUGGAAACAGCAACCUGAAACUGAAGAAGCUGAGCGAGGUCCGACCCAGUUCCCUCACCGCCGGCCCUUCAUCGCCGUCCUCCUCUUCUUCCUCAUCUACACCCACCGCCACCUCUUCCUCCUCCUCCUCCGCCUCGCCGCUCAGCCCUGGAGACGGAGUGGAGAAUAACGCGGAGCAGUUGCGGGCAGAGAGACUGCGCCGCGCCACCGAGAGGCUGCGCAGCCCCGUGGUCUUCAACAAGGACUCGGCAGUCAGAAAGACGCAGCUCAAGUCCUUCAGUCAGUACGUGGACAACCGUCCAGAGGUAAAAAGGCAGAAGUCUGCUCCGGAGGACCCAAAGAAGGCCGAAGAGGAUGACUGGUUGCAGACGGAGAUCGACAUCUUUCGACCGUUUGAGGAAGAGAAAGCGUUCAAAGACACCAGUCAGUAUGUGGUGGGCGAGCUGUCGGCGCUAGAGAGCGAGCAGCGGCACAUCGACGCCCGGGCGGCUCGCGUGGAGAAGAGGCUGCGCUAUCUCAUGGACACAGGCAACAACAAGGAGGAGGAGGAGGCGAUGAUGCAGGAGUGGUUCAUGUUGGUCAACAAGAAGAACGCCCUCAUCAGGAGACAGAACCAACUCUCUCUGCUGGAGAAGGAGCACGACCUGGAGAGACGCUUCGAACUGCUCAACAGAGAGCUCAGAGCCAUGCUGGCCAUCGAAGACUGGCAGAAGACGGAAGCCCAGAAGCGUCGUGAGCAGCUGCUGCUGGACGAGCUGGUCCUUCUGGUCAACAAACGGGACGCGCUGGUCCGGGACCUGGACGCCCAGGAAAAGGAGGCCGAGGAGGAGGAUGAGCACCUGGAGAGGACGCUAGAGCAGAACAAAGGCAAGAUGGCCAAGAAAGAGGAGAAGUGCGUCCUUCAGUAACAACACAACAACAUCAAGAGCAACAAGAACAAAAAGAUUGUACAUAUGCGGCCUCCUGCCAAGUUGUUUGAUGGUUUUACAAUUUAUGCUUUAAAAGCGGUACUUUUACAGGAUUUUUAUGGGUGUCGUGCUGCAAAUGGAACGCCCCAGGUACAUAAAUGCUUUUCUUUAAUUUCCAACUUUGAACAGUGAGCAGGUGGACUUUUUUUUUUUUUUUUAAAGAGGAAAGAAACGAGCUUUUAUUUCAUUCACUUUACAACUUUUUACUGUAAAAUAUCUUCAAUUGUCCAUACCUGAUAGUGUUUUUAAUGAUUAUUUUUUGUUCAAAAGCAGUUUACCAAAAAGAAAAAGACAUUCCCCCCCCCCAAACAUUUUCUUGUAUAUUUUUAUCAUAAAAGCUUCAGUCUGCUUUUUUCCUUUAAAAGAGUCAUGCAGUCAAAAUGAAAAAAGUUUUAUUUAUUGUUCUAUGAGCUGCUUGUAUGUGAAACUGCCAUCACAUUCUUUUCCUGUUUGGAUUAGUAUUUAUUGAGAUUCGCUUCCACAUGCAUCUUGUAUGAGCUCACCACAUCUUCAGUUUUAUUUAUUCCACUGGCUUCAAGACCAACCUUCAAUAAACUUCUCGUACGCGUGUCAUACUCCACUAGAAA